CACGUAUGCACAUUUAAUAAAUUCACACAUGAGCCGUGCAUUAGCUAAACUUCUAUCUCUAAACGCCCGUGCACGCACGCACGCACGCACGCACGCACGCGAGGGCUCCCGGUGUCUGUCUGGAGAAGCGCGUCGCAUCCUGUGCGUAUCGCAUCUUUCAAUGUGACCCGAGUCCGCCAUACCGUGAGUAAAGGACUGCACGCCAGCGCUCGAGCGCGCUUACUAUCAGCCCAGGCUAGUGAAUGAGGAUCGUCUGUCACUGAACAAAAGUCACUUUGAGCAGCCAGCCGCCUCUGACAGGGACACGCGCGAGCCAUGGCCGAGGACAUGCAGCAGAAAAUGGAGAAGUACCGCACGGCGCCGUUCGACGCCCGCUUCCCGAACCAGAACCAGACGAGAAACUGCUGGCAGAACUACCUGGAUUAUCACCGCUGCCAAAAAGCUCUGUCAGCCAAAGGAGUCGAUACGGCUCCAUGUGACUGGUACAACAGGGUCUACACAUCUCUCUGUCCUCUUUCCUGGAUCGAGAAAUGGGACUCUCAGAGGGAAGACGGAGCGUUUCCCGGAAAGAUCUAAAGGUGGCACGUUCUCCAAAGCUCCGCGUCAGUGGAACCGAAACGCGUUUGUCUGUGGUAUCGUCUCGCCCCGGCCGAGCAGGGCCUUAUCAAUGUUUGUCCAAAAAUGCUUCUGCCAGGCUGGAGGAUGAGACGGAUUGUUAACGUCAUUCCUUAUUUUAAUGAAAGUACUGCAGAUUGUGCAUUAAAAUUCUCUCAGGCUUUAAAA